AUGUCUUCCACCGAAAACCAAGACCAUUCCGCUGGCCUCUCCCAGCAGCAGCAACCACAUCAGCAGCAUCAACAGCAGCAGCAGCUUCAGCAGUCACAGUCGCAGCCUCAGACGUCGCAGGCGGAGCGGGCUCAGCAGCAGGCUCGGUCUCAGAUGCAGCCCGCACCGCCUAUCCAGCAACAGCAACAACAUCAACAACCACAGCAGCAGCAGCAGCAACAGCAACUGCCGACGACUCAAGCCCAGCACUCUCCUCAGACGGUGCAGCAGAGUAUACCCGUCCAGGCGACCCUCCAGCAUGCCGCCGCCGCCGCUGCUGCCGUCGCGCCGCCGGGAGUGCCUCAGGUAGGCCAGGUCGCGCCCAACAGCCCCGGCGCCCCCGGCUCGCUCGAGUGCCAAUGGCAAGGCUGCCAGGAACACUGUCCGACUCCAGAGGCUCUCUACGAGCACGUUUGUGAACGCCAUGUUGGACGCAAGAGCACCAACAACCUCAACCUGACCUGUGGAUGGUCGAACUGCCGCACCACCACCGUCAAGCGUGAUCACAUAACCUCUCACAUCCGAGUCCACGUCCCGCUGAAGCCUCACAAGUGUGAUUUCUGCGGCAAGGCCUUCAAGCGGCCUCAGGACUUGAAGAAACAUGUCAAGACCCAUGCGGAUGACUCUGUCCUGGUGCGCUCGCCCGAGCCUGGUGCGGGACAGCGCCAACAGGCGCCAAAUGGCAUGUUUGGAGUCGGGCUCGGACCAGAUGGAAAGCUUACAGCGGCUCACUUCUUUGAAGGCUCGCUAGGACCGGUCCCCCAGGCAUACGGACACCCACCGCCACAGUACUACCAGCCCCAGCACCCGCAGCAGCAGCAGCCAAAUCCAUCCUAUGGGAACGUGUACUAUGCCGUUGGCCACGAUGCUGCCCACCAGGCGUCCUACGAGUCCAAGAAGCGAGGAUACGAUGCCCUGAAUGAGUUCUUUGGAGACUUGAAACGCCGUCAGUUCGACCCUACCUCCUAUGCGGCAGUUGGACAGCGUCUUUUGAACCUCCAUGGCCUCCCGCUUCCCCUGACCCAUGCCGGCGCAGUGCCGGAGUACCAACCAGUGCCCGCCAUGGUCAGCGUCGGUGGCCAUGGAGGAUACCAGUCCGGCCCUAUUCCGGCCCAGUCGUAUCACUUGCCUCCCAUGGGCAACUUGCGUACCAAAGCUGACCUGAUGAACAUUGACCAGUUCCUGGAACAGAUGCAGUCCACCGUCUAUGAGAGUGAUGAGAACGUGGCCGCGGCCGGCGUCGCUCAGCCGGGUGCCCACUACGUCCAGGGUCCCCUCAGCUACCGCACCACCAACUCCCCCCCAACCCAGCACCAGCAGCAUCAUCACCAGCAGCAGCAACAGCACCCACAUGCCACCGCUACCGCCACAAACGCUAUGAACAGCACGGCCUCUAGGUCUCCUCAUGCAUCCACUCCGGCACUCACUCCCCCAUCAAGUGCCCAGUCCUACACCUCUGGCCGCUCUCCCAUCUCCCUUGCUUCCAGCCAUGGCAUGUCUCCCACCCACCACCCUUCGACGGCCGGCAUGUACCCAACCUUGCCUGCCACGACGGGCCAGGACAGCCUCUCGUCAGGAUAUCCUACCACCGUCUCCAGUGCCGCCCCUCCUUCGACACUGAGCAGCGUCUUUGACGAUGACAGACGUAGGUACACCGGCGGCAUGCUCCAGCGCUCCCGUCCAGACAUCGAUCUCUCUGCUCCAUCCAUCAAACGGGAUGAGGAGUCAAAGCUGUCGAACAGCGUGAUCGACCCGGCUCUACGCCGUCCUUCGUCGGACAUGCAGGCUGAGAUGGAGGAAGAUGGCGCCAACCGCCGAAGCUCCUCCGCCACGCCCACUCCCACUACUGCACCGGCCACUGCCGAUGACCGCCAACCAGGCGGAGAGCAGCAGUGGGUCGAGAACGUCCGUCUCCUCCAGAGACUUCGUGACUACGUCCUUGAACGCCUAAACAACGGCGACUACCUUGACUCGGACAACGAAGAGGAGAAGAAGGACGCCGGCGAGGAGCCCAAGGAGGCCAGCACCGAGACGGGUGGCUAUCCUAGUAUUAAGAUGCACGGCAUGGAGGCCAUUGCUGCCGCUGCCGUAGCACACGAGCAAGGGCAUGAACUAGGCCAAGGACAGGAGAACCCUCGCACUCCUACUGCCAUCGUCGAUGCAGAGGAAGAGGCCAAGAGAGCCGGUGAGAACCUGUAUCCAGUGCUCAAGAUGGCCGUUGAAGAUGACGGGGCAGAUACAGAUGGGGACGAGAAGAUGGGUCAGUAG